AUUCUGUUAAAUGUUGAUCACAAUAUAUAAAUAUACUUAUGGUACCCUUCAUCACAAUUAUUAGAAACUAAACUUUUAAAAAAUGAUUAAAUUGGCUGUCAAGCCACAUUAAUUCGACGUUUCAAACAAAGCAAUAGACAAACAAGCUUUUGGUAUUGAUUAAUCAUUUAAUGAUAGAAUUAAUUAUUUGCCCAAACAAUCCAAUUACUAAUCUAAAAGAGACAGAGAGAGAUCCUUCACUUCACUUCCUCCCUGCCUAAGUUUCAUGUCUUCCCAUAGCUGCUCCUCUCGCCACUUCUCAUGGCUGGUGAAAUCUUGUAUUCCCACCACCACCCAACACCACCGCCAUUGCCCCGCUCCUCAUCCUCUUACCGCUCCUUCCGCCGCCGCUGCUAUGCUCUGCCAAACCACCAUUUCUUCCCUACCCGACGACCUCCUCCUAGAAUGCCUAUCCCGGGUCUCGCAUUCUUGUCUUCCUUCACUGCCCUUGGUGUGCCGUCGCUGGUCGCACCUCGUCGACUCUCCGACAUUCCACUCCCUCCGCCGCCGCUGCGACCUCCUCCGCCUCACUCUCUUUGCUCUGUCCAUUUCCGACCAUUCUCUGCUCUUCUCCGCUAGUCUCUGCUUGGGUUUUGAAUCUGUGUGGAAUGUUUCAUCUUUUCUUCUUGCAAACGAAGGAAUUCAUCAAGGGACGGUUUCCUCCCUCUUCUCUCAUUCUCGAUUGGUCGCCAUUGGCCGGAGAAUUUACGUCAUUGGCCGGACGGCGAUGAUUUGUUGCGACACGUGGACCGGGACUGCCGCCUCCUUACAGGGGCCGAUUGCUUCGAGGAAGAAGUUUGCUGCGGCGGCCGUGGCUGGGAAGAUAUAUGUGGCCGGCGGCUGUGGGCGGACGGAUGCGGUGGAGGAGUAUGACCCGCGGAAUCGGAAAUGGCGCGUGGUGUCCACGGCGUCCAGGAAGCGGUACGGGUGUGUCGGGACGGCGGUUGACGGAGUCUUCUAUGUGAUCGGCGGACUGAAGAUCGGGUCGUCGGGGAAUGAAGGGGUGGUUGUUCCUGGCUCACGCGCCGCCGGAUCGGAUGCAGCACAUUUGUACGCGAGCUCGAUGGAUUUGUAUGACGUGGCGUUGGGGCAGUGGCUAAGGAGCCGCACCGUCCCCGGCGGCGGAUGCGUGGUGGCGGCUUGCGCCGCAGGCGGAUCCGUUUAUGUUCUCUCGAGCCACGCCGUGGAACUCUCGUUCUGGAAAUUCAACGGUACGCGCAAAUCGAGCAGCUUUGGGGAGUGGUGCAGGCUAACGUCUCCGCCGCUUCCGGCGCAGGUUAGACUGGAUAGCACCGUGAGAUUCGGCUGCGUAGGGGCGGGAGGAACGGUGGUGCUGAUCCAAGUGACGGGCUGCAUCGACGACUUGCUAAGGCGGAGCGGCAGAAGUCAGAGGGGAUUCAAGGAAGGACUUGUAAUGGUGUACGACUGCGCCGCUGGGGAGUGGAGCAGGGGGGCGGAUUUGCCGGAAGGAAUUCGACGCGCCGCCUGUGUGACGGUGGAGUGCUAGUUUGCGCACGUGGAGAUGCGCCGCGAUGCGCCGUUUGGGCCUUUUGAUGCUUUGAAGGGUAAAUUCGGGCUGGGCUCAUUUUUCAUCGUAGAGUCAAAGCAUCUGAUAUUUAUGUCGGGAAAAAUCAAUUGUUUAUCACGCCAAAUAAUGGUGUUAAUUAAUAAAGUUAGUACUCACAUGCUUCCUAUUUUUUUUUUCUCUCACUCUUCUCUAAAGGAAAAUUGUGCACUA